GGUGCAGGUGGAAACGAGGGGCUGCGGGCUACGGGCUACGGCGACCCAAACUGCGGAAAACGUCUGAUCUGCUGCACGUACUCGAAUGUUCGUUGAUAGCUGCGAAAGCGUAUUUGGACAUUAUCAACCACCACCACGCCUUUGGAGUCAACUUUUGGAUAUUCCAACUUUCCCAUACCUUCCACAGCCGACGACACAUUGCGCCUCCAUCUCCAAAAUGUUAAUCCAAGAAACGCACCAUGAUGUUCCCACGAAAGCUGGAGGAAAAGAAGGAUCUAUGAGGAUCUUUCUCUUCCAUCCCACGAUUCCAAACUAUCCUCACGCACGAUUCCCCGGUGUUGUUGUUUUCAGCGAGAUUUAUCAAGUCACUGGACCAGUUGCCAGAUUCGCAAGACAGAUUGCUGGGCAAGGUUACAUUGUUGCAGCACCUUCAUCAUACCAUGAAUUUACCGGCCCAGAACCUCUAGCUUACGAUGUUCCCGGAACUGAUGCUGGCAAUGAAUAUAAGAUCACCAAGACCCUCGAAGCCUACGAUGAAGACUCCACUCUAACAAUCGAUUACCUCCUCUCCCUCCCCACCUGCAAUGGCCGUAUUGGUAGCACAGGAAUGUGUCUCGGCGGUCACCUCGCCUACCGCUGUGCCCUUGACCCUCGUGUCGCAGCAGCAGUAACAUAUUUCGCCACCGAUCUCCACAGCGCGACUCUCGGUCUCGGCAAAAAAGACGACAGUCUCGCUCGUGCCUCGGAAAUCAAGGGCGAAUUGGCCAUGAUCCACGGAUGCAAGGAUAAUCAUGUGCCUCCCGAGGGAAGAGAUCUCAUCAGACAGACUUUGAGAGAGAAAGGAAUUGUAUUUAGUUGGUAUGAGGUUGCGUGGGCACAGCAUGCAUUCAUCCGCGACGAACUCUCAAAAGGUCGCUACGACCCCGCCAUCUCUAAAAUCUGUUUCGAGAUCCUCCUCGAACUCUUUGGACGAACUCUCAAAUUGGAUCUUGGACCCCAUGAUGGAAGAGAGCAGAAAAUAGAAGACAUCUGUUAGUUAUCGUAUAUACUUACCUGUAUUUACACCUAAGCGAUGAGAUAUAAAAUAUACGAUUCUGAUAUCUGGAAUCUUGAUUGAGAAGAUGUAUCUAUCUCCUUCAUUCUUGUGAUUUGAAAUGAUGAUUACUUUAGCUCGCAUCUGCAAAGUAUCUUUUCAUCUACUAGGUAUCUAUCUCACCCUUUCAAUCCCAAUUUUUAUCAUCAUAUCCAUUUCGAAUCUACUCAUUCAUUCUAUUCAUCCAUCCCCAGCUUCAUCUCCAAAUACAUCCAGGCAUAGAAAUUUACAAUCCCACAUUGUAUGUAAUACCAUGUCAUGCCAUGCCAUGCCAUGAUUACUCACUCAUACAUACAUAGGAUUGAAUGUCCUACCCACCUACUCAUUUACAUCUAUCUGUACAUAUCACGAAGAACACUUAUACAUUCUAUGUGCGUGUACAUAUAUAUGCACAUCCAUAUACACACACAAAUAUAAAUAUA